AUGGCGUGGGAACGCCAUCUGCUCACCAUUCUCUGCGUUCCGGAAGUCAGGGCCGGUCGGGUGGGCGGCAAGCAAGUCAGGCGGCCUGCCAGAGUUCCGCCAAUGCCGCAGGGCGCACGUCUGGUGCUGCUGGCGCAGGCCAGCAGUUCCGCCACGCUGCAGGGAGCAACACCGCCGCUGAUGCAUCUCAGCAGCCCCACAGGUGCAUGCUUUGUAUCACCAUCCAUAGUCAAGACCAAGCAAUCACCUCACACCAACCCCCUUUCCUCCACUCCCCUCUCUCAUUCUCGUCCCUAUUCAUUGAAAAAAACCGCCAGCAUAGUGCUCACAGGCGAUUCAGGGGAGGUUGCUGAGGAAUUUGUUCUCAUCCCCCACCUCCUUCUCUCAACACCCGCUUCCCUUCUCUCUCCCCUAAACCCUUCUCACCCCAUAUCUCAGCAGUCCCACUGCAUAGUGCUCACAGGCGAUUCAAGGGAGGGUGCUGAAGACUCUGUUCUCAUCCCACCUUGUCUAAACUCCCACUUCCCUCCUCUCUCCCAUGUGCCUUCCCCAAAUCCUUUCGAUGGGUCUUACGAUCUGUACACGUGGCAUUGCAACCAGAACGGGGUCCCUUUCUCCAACGCUGUCUUCACGCGCUUGAUUGCGGCGUCUUUCCGCCGCGAUGGGGAGGAUGUCCUUGUGCUGAAGCUCAAACAGAUUGCUUUUUAUCUGUAUGGGGUGAGUGAGUGUAACGUCCUUUUCUGA